AUGGCGGGGGACGCGGGCGGGCGCCGCUGCCCGGACUCGGAGCUGCUGCUGCACCCGGAGCUGCUGUCGCGGGAGUUCCUGCUGCUCACGCUGGAGCAGAAGAACAUAGCGGUUGAAAAUGAUAUAAGAAUAAACAAAGACAAUCUUACUGAUCUGUAUGUCCAACAUGCAAUACCAUUGCCUCAGAGAGAUUUGCCAAAGAACAGAUGGGGGAAAAUGAUGGAAAAGAAAAGAGAGCAACAUGAACUAAAAAACGAGACUAAAAGGAGCAGCAGUGGAGAUGUGUCAAAGAAAAGACCUCUCAUUGUGUUUGACGGAAGUUCAACAAGUACAAGCAUAAAAGUGAGAAAGACGGAGAAUGGGGACAAUGAUCGACUCAAGCCUCCGCCUCAGGCAGGCGUUACCAGUAAUGCCUUUCGAAAGCUAUCCAGUUCCUCUUCGAGUGUGUCACCCCUAAUUCUGUCUUCCAAUUUGCCCGUGAACAAUAAGAUGGAACACAGUAACAAUGACACUAAACAGAACCAUGACUUAGCGCAUGGGAAAAGCCCUUUGUCCCCCGUGGGCACGACGCCGGUGAAGCUAAAGCGAGCUGCUCCCAAAGAAGAAGCCGAGGCCGCGGAUAACCAGAAACCCCCAGAAGCAAAGAGGAAGAUACAACACGUUACAUGGCCAUGA